AUGGCCACAAUAGGGGAGCGAAGGGAUUACUUGUCUAAUGUGAUAUCGGUGUUAAGAGCCGAAAAGUUGGUUCGCAAGGGUUGUGAGGCUUUUCUGGAAUAUGUUAGCAAUUCAGGGAUUAAGAGUCUUUCUGUUGAGGAUGUAAGAACUGUUAAGGAGUUUCCAGAUGUUUUUCCAGAAGAGCUUUCUGGCUUGCCCCCAGAUCGUGAGGUCGAAUUUGGAAUUGAGCUCUUACCUGGAAUAGUUCCAGUGUCCAUCGCCCCAUAUAGGAUUGUACCAAAGGUGCUAGUGGAGCUAAAGGCUCAAAUUCAAGAGCUCAAGUAUGAGUUUUGGCUGCAAGAGGUCACAUUUCUGGGUCACGUGGUGUCUGCUGAGGGGAUUAGGGUUGAUCCUCGAAAAAUUGAAGCCGUAUUGGGGUGGAAACUACCAAAGACUGUAUCUGAGAUUCGAAGUUUUCUUGGUUUGGCUGGAUAUUAUAGACGCAAAGCUAAUGUAGUAGCUGACGCACUGAGCUGUAGAGUUGUCUCUGAUUUAAGAGCAAUGUUUGCUCGUCUUAGCCUGUUUGAUGAUAAUAGUUUGUUAGCUGAACUACAAGUAAGACUGACUUGGACUGAUCAAAUUAAGGAGAUGCAGUUGUUGGAUGAAUCGCUAGUUCCUCGCUUUCAACAAGGGGAAAAUUGUGAGACUUCAGAUUUUGGAUUGAAUAGGGAAGGGGUGUUAUGUUUCCGUGGAAGAGUGUGUAUACUAAAGGAUUUUUCUCUGAGGCAGCUAUUCUAUGAGAGGCACAUGGUAGUCCUUAUGCCAUGCAUCCUGGUGGGAACAAGCUAUACCGAGAUCUUCGUUAAGGCUGAGCAUCAAUUACCCUCUGGAUUACUACAGCAAGUCAAGAUUCCACUCUGGAAGUGGGAAAAGGUAACCAUGGAUUUUGUGAAUGAGUUGCCCUUGACGGCUUCUAAGAAGGUUCGGGGCAACUGGGAGGAUUAUCUGUUAUUGGCAGAAUUUGCAUAUAACAAAAAUUAUCAGUCCAGGCUGGAGCUAAUUGCUGAUACAGAAAAUAAGGUGAAUCUAAUUCGAGAUCGAUUGAAAGAAGCGUUUGAUAGGCAGAAGUCCUAUGCAGACUUAAAGCGUAAGGAGAUCGAGUACUCUGUGAGGGAUUAUGUCUUUCUUAAGGUAUCACCGUGGAAGAAAAUUAUGAGGUUUGGACGGAGGGGCAAGCUGAGCCUUAGAUUUAUUGGGCCUUACCGGAUACUUAAGCGUGUAGGACCGGUUACAUAUCAACUUGAGUUGCCUUCGGAGCUGGAAAGAAUUCACAACGUGUUGCACAUUUCAAUGCUUAGGCGGUAUCUCUCUGAUCCCUUACACAUCGUGCCAGUUAAGGAAAUUGAAGUUAGGCCUGAUCUAACCAUCUAG